AAUAAUAAAAACUCUCUCUCACUCACUCUAUCUUGAAUUCUUGAUUCAUUUAAAAAAAAACACUUACGUCCCCACUCUCUUCUCCGGAUCUCAAUCUCGGAGCCCUAGAUCUCUCCUCUCCGUUUCCACACUCUUUCCACCGAAGAUGCGUGAGAUCCUUCACAUCCAGGGAGGCCAGUGCGGUAACCAGAUCGGUGCCAAGUUCUGGGAAGUCGUGUGCGCGGAGCACGGCAUAGAUCCAACCGGUAGAUACACGGGAGACUCAGAUCUGCAGCUCGAGCGCAUCAACGUCUACUACAAUGAAGCAAGCUGCGGGAGAUUCGUCCCUCGCGCCGUCCUCAUGGAUCUGGAGCCUGGAACCAUGGACAGUCUCAGAUCUGGACCUUACGGUCAGACCUUCCGUCCCGAUAACUUCGUCUUCGGCCAAUCUGGAGCCGGUAACAACUGGGCCAAGGGGCAUUACACUGAAGGAGCUGAGCUAAUCGAUUCAGUGCUCGAUGUUGUUCGUAAGGAGGCUGAGAACUGUGACUGUCUUCAAGGGUUUCAGGUUUGCCAUUCCUUGGGAGGAGGAACUGGAUCUGGUAUGGGAACGCUUCUGAUCUCUAAGAUCCGUGAAGAGUACCCAGAUCGGAUGAUGCUUACCUUCUCAGUGUUUCCUUCCCCUAAGGUCUCUGAUACCGUUGUUGAGCCUUACAACGCUACGCUGUCGGUUCAUCAGCUUGUUGAGAACGCUGAUGAGUGUAUGGUUCUUGACAACGAGGCCUUGUAUGAUAUCUGUUUCAGGACUCUCAAACUCACUACCCCUAGCUUUGGUGAUUUGAACCAUUUGAUCUCUGCCACUAUGUCUGGUGUGACUUGCUGUCUGAGGUUCCCUGGUCAGCUCAACUCCGACCUCCGCAAGCUUGCUGUGAAUCUUAUCCCAUUCCCACGUCUUCACUUCUUCAUGGUGGGUUUUGCGCCUCUCACCUCAAGAGGAUCUCAGCAGUACCGUUCCCUCACUGUCCCUGAACUCACCCAGCAGAUGUGGGACUCCAAGAACAUGAUGUGUGCUGCAGACCCAAGACACGGUCGCUACCUCACAGCCUCCGCCAUGUUCCGUGGCAAGAUGAGCACAAAGGAAGUGGACGAGCAGAUGCUGAACGUGCAGAACAAGAACUCAUCCUACUUUGUGGAGUGGAUCCCAAACAACGUGAAGUCAACAGUCUGUGACAUCCCGCCAACUGGUCUGAAGAUGGCGUCAACUUUCAUUGGAAACUCGACUUCGAUCCAGGAGAUGUUUAGGCGUGUGAGUGAGCAGUUCACGGCUAUGUUCAGGAGGAAGGCUUUCUUGCAUUGGUACACAGGGGAAGGAAUGGACGAGAUGGAGUUCACAGAAGCGGAGAGCAACAUGAACGAUCUGGUUUCGGAGUACCAACAAUACCAGGAUGCAACAGCAGAUGAGGAAGGUGAGUACGAGGAUGAGGAAGAAGGAGAAUACCAACAGGAGGAAGAGUACUGAGGAGUAAUUACGUCAACGUCACACCUCCCUUUAAAAAAUUUAGCCUUUUGGUACUUUAUGAAAAAAGAAAAGAAAACCUCAAUUACCGGUUGCAGGUUUAUUCGGUUUGUAUGGACAAUUCUCUAGGAUCUUCUCUUUUAAAUUGUGGACUGUUAUUUCUCUACUCUAUGUUCUUAAUUUCGGUUUGGUUAUCGUUUGAAUAUUUGCCUUUACAUGGCUGUUAUCGUUUUUA